AUGGCCAGAGUGCGGUUGUUCAGAUGGACUUGGGUUUGGGCUUGGACUGCGUUAGCUGGACUGUGCGCUCUGGCCGCAACAGAGAGUCAACAGCAAUGUCCCCCGAUGGCAGAAAUCUCCCCGUGCUCCUGUACGGUCAAAAAGAAUGGCCUGGACAUCCUCUGCGAGUUCACCGAUCAACAACACAUUAACGAUGCCAUGGGAAAACUCAAAGGAAAAUCUCUGACCAUUUUUUAUUUGAAGUUGAGACACAACAACCUGCGAAAAUUAACUGGUUUUAUUUUCCUCGGUUUAGACAUCAGACAUCUCACUAUACACAAUAGCAGUUUGUCGGUUGUGGAAGAAGCCUCACUCAGUUCGAUCGGUAGAAUGCUAACCCAACUGGAUGUAUCUCAGAACAGCUUAACCACCGUUCCAUCAGCUGCAUUUAAAAAUCUCGACCAAUUACUUAUUUUGAACAUGAACCACAAUAAAGUAACCGGUUUGCACGCGAAAGCUUUCCAGGGCUUAAACACGUUGGAAAUACUGACGUUGUAUGAGAAUAAGAUCACCAAUAUCGAUACCGAAGCUUUCGUGGGGCUUGAGAAAAAACUAAAACGAUUGAAUUUGGGGGCAAAUGGUUUAACGAAAGUACCACAACCAUCCCUGGCAAUACUGGAUAUGCUUAAGAAAUUGGAAAUGCAGGAGAACAGAAUUAGUGAAAUCAAAGAAGGAGAUUUUGAAGGUCUUAAGAAUUUAGAUUCAUUAGGAUUAGCCCACAACAAAUUAAAGAAGGUUCCGGCAAAGGUUUUCUCGCACCUGACGAUGUUGAAUUCCCUUGAAUUGGAUGGAAACAAUAUCGACACAAUUGAUCCGAAGGCUUUUGUAGGACUAGAAGGCAAUCUGCAAUAUCUACGUCUAGGCGAUAACAACAUCCAUACAAUUCCAACUGAUGCAUUAAAAGAACUGCACCGUUUGCGUCACUUGGACUUGAGAUCUAAUAACAUCACGUAUAUCGCUGAAGACGCUUUUUCGGGAUAUGGAGAUUCAAUAACCUUCCUUAAUUUGCAAAAGAAUGAUAUUCGAGUGUUAAGUGGGAUGGUAUUCGAGAAUCUAAAUUCUCUGGAAACACUUAAUUUGCAGAAUAAUAAAUUAAUGCAUGUUCCAGAAGAUGUUAUGGACCCGGUUCUAGAUACUUUACGAGUUGUUGAUAUAAUGGAUAACCCACUGCUCUGCGAUUGCGAACUGCAAUGGUAUAAAAACUGGCUGCGCAAUCUAAAGGACAAAGACGACGAUCUAAUGCAGAAGAAACGAACAGUUUGUACGAUGCAACACGAACACAGGGAAUACAGUCUACAAAGUCUACCCCUAGACAAAAUGAAGUGCGUCAUCAAAAGCUACGAUCUUAGUUCCAACAGUGUCACCAGUAUUCAGCCCGUUGGAAUAGCAACGUCGGCCAGCACCCUUAUAUGUGUGGUAGCUAGAUUUAUUCAACCGUAG